AAGUAAACGAAUGUUUCUUACAUUGAGUUGGACAGGUGGCCAUUUUAGGUAAUUUUGAAGGGGUAGCAAAAAAGAGGUAGCCAGUGUCGCCAACUAUAGGUAGCCGGUGUCACCCUCUAUAGGUAGCCGGUGUCGGAUAGCCAGUGUCGGGGUAGCCAGUGUCGGCCUUAUGGGUAGCCAGUGUCGGGUAGCCAGUGUCGGGGUAGCCAGUGUCGACCCCCCAGGUAGCUAGUGUCGAAGGUAGCAGGUGUCGAUUCCCCAAAAAUCAUGGAUUAUCCAAAACAACAUUGGCUAGAUAUGCAAAACUACAUCAAGGAUGUGGAUUCAUUUUACCUUUACAAGUCAAUUGUCCUCAGUUUCAUCUCCAGAUCCUGUCAUCAGAAAUGGAACGUGAGCUAUCCGAAUACUUGUUAAAGGAUCUGCCGGCCAGCCCUGGAAGUCGUCUUCAAAAGAAAAUUGGAAAAAGCCCACCUAAUCAAUUCCCAUACAGAGAAGCUGUGGGGAGUUUAUUGUAUUUAGGACUAGCCUCUCGGCCUGACAUAUCCUUUGCUGUUGGGCAGGUCGCCCAGUUCUGUGAAGACCCAGGAGCUGAUAAUUGGUCAGCAGUCCGUCGCAUCCUUGCCUACCUUAAAGGGACGAUGAACCACGGAAUCUGCUAUGGUUCAACAAAAAAUGGGCUUAUAGGAUACUGUGACUCUGACUAUGCUGGCGAUCCAGAUUCUCGGAGAUCUACUUCAGGAUUCCUCUUCCUUCUCAACGGUGGACCAGUUGCCUGGAGCAGCCGCAGGCAGUCGUGUGUUGCUUUGUCAACAACUGAGGCCGAAUUUGUCGCUGCGUCCGAAGCAACAAGAGAAGGCAUAUGGCUUGGGCGACUUAUGAAAGACAUCAUACCUAGACGAAAAGGCCCAAUCGGCAUAAUGUGCGACAACAAGUCCGCCAUUGAUCUCAUCAAGAACCCGGUACAUCAUCAAAGAAGCAAACAUAUAGAUGUUCGCUUUUACUUCAUUCGUGAACGACAGGAAGCUGGGGAGAUCGACGUUCGGCAAAUCUCCACUACAUACCAAUUGGAAGACCCUCUCACUAAACCUUUAGCAAACCCUCGUUUCUCCUCCCUGAGAGAGUCAACCGGUAUUCUGCCCGUUCCAACUGACUUAAUCUAAUUUUCUUUUCUUUGAAUACAGAGGGAGUCCAAUAUACUGCCUUGUAUUUCCCCCUCUCAUCAAGUUUUCAUGUUUGAGAGGGAGUGUUGAUUUAUCCAAACAUGUUACACUGUUCUGGCAACAGAUGGCGACAGGCGGCGGACGGGGCAACCUGUAUGGUGCCAAGUAUGCGACCUUCAGAAUAGCAGGCAGAUGCUUUACUACUAAGCCAUAAUUCAUUCUGUUCGUGUUCUGUCAUCCUGGCUAUACUGUCACGUUCGCUUAAGUCUGUCAAGACUUAUUUUCUUCCUGUGUUUCUCAGACUGUUCAGUCUUCAUCCACGUUCAACAUUCAGUUUCUUCUGUAUUCACUUAUACUAUCAAUGACUCAAGCUCAAACUUUCAACCAGAAUCCAGCAACGAUGGUGAGGCUGGUGCAUCAUCAAAUUUGCCAGUUACCAAUAUCGAUUUAACUGGAAAUAAGGAUUCACGCGAUUCUGAUUCGAGCUCCAAUGAUGAUUCAACUUAGGGGAGGGUGGGGUUAUUUGGACCGGUUUUGGUUUUUCUCGUGUAGGGCCUUUCCUAAUCAUCUGAUUUGUAAAAUAAAUGUUUAUUGUAUUUUUAUCACUUUUUGUUUGUUUGUUUUUAGGUUUUUUGGUAUGUUUAAAAAAAAUUCUUAUCUAAAACAAUAUGUUCCAUGUCACGGACAAGGAAAUCAGAAUGGGGCGGUACUUAGUAGUAUCGAUCAUUAAAAAUAUAGAUUAAGAAUCCUUGUUCCGCCUCAGUAGCAGAUGACGUUAUGGCAUAGACCCUAAGUGAUUUCAAAAGUCAUGAACGAGCCGAACGAACAAUCUCGAUCUGUUUCUGAAGAAGAAAUAUAUUUUGUCACACUAAAUAGAUACAGAGGAAACAUUUAAUUAAAUUGGUUAAAAUAUUGAUUGUUUAAAUAUCUGUUUUAAGAUAAAAGCUGGGUUGAUGAUGUGCAAGUAAUUGCAGGCUAACGACGUAAAUGCAAUAUGAAAAAUAUUUGAACAUUUAUUUUGUAUUGCAGGUUCUUACUGUAUAUUUUGGUAUUUUGAUGAAACAAGGGGUAGAUUUUUAGCAGUGAAACAGCAGAGUUCUUCUUGUGUGAAGUUAUGGGGGAUCAUAAUUCAGUGAACACUGACUCUACUCGUGAAUGUUAAAAUGCCUCGAACAUACAAAAGAGUUGGAUUGGUUCCUCCACCAUCUAACGAGAACCUUAAAAAAGCACUGGAUGACAUUCUCUCUGGCAAAUUUAGCAUUAACCAGACGGCCAAAAAUCAUGGAUUAUCCAAAACAACAUUGGCUAGAUAUGCAAAACUACAUCAAGGAUGUGGAUUCAUUUUACCUUUACAAGUCAAACGUCCUCAGUUUCAUCUCCAGAUCCUGUCAUCAGAAAUGGAACGCGAGCUAUCCGAAUACUUGCUCACUUGUUCGCUAUUCAACCAUGGAUUAACUACUAUCGAUACCAGAAAAAUUGCAUUUUCGUUUGCUGUUGCAAAUUCAUUGAAAACUCUAGCCAAUUGGCACAUCAAUGGAAUGGCAUCAAAGGACUGGUUAUCUGGUUUUACGAAGCGAAACCAACAUAUAUCCAUCAGGAAACCAGAAUCAACGAGCCAAGCAAGAGCAUGUGGUUUCAACAAACCAGUUGUUUCAGGCUUUUAUGAUCAAUUAUUUAAUGUGCAGGACAAAUACCAAUUUUCUGCAGAUCGAGUAUUUAAUUGCGACGAGACUAGCGAUACAACUGUCAUGGAUUCACCAAACGUGAUUGCACAAAAAGGAGCAAAACAGGUUCAACAGACAGUAUCCGCUGAACGUGGUGAGAAUGUGACGAUGUUAGCUUUCAUAAGUGCAGAAGGUAAAUCCAUACCUCCUGUGUUUAUCUUUCCCAGGAAAAAGUUAAAACCAUAAAUGCUCAAUUGUGGACCCGUUGGAUGCUUGGGUUUAUGUCAUCAAUCUGUUUUUUUUUCCUGAUAAAUCAUUUACUAUUUCAUCAAUUUAUCAAUUUCAUUUUCAUUAAUUAUGUAGGUUAGAUGACUGGAGAAAAUGUUUUUAAAUCUUUGCAGCAUUUCAAAAUGCAUGUAAAUUGCUCGAAGGAGAAACCUGUAUUACUAUUAAUGGAUAACCAUGCAA